AUGCCUAGCCCACAUCGACAUGAGUACCAUCGAAUGCCACCAUUGUUCCACUACGAAAGUGUGACCGACUGCUUCGAGCGGUACAGCACCAGUUUGUAUUGUGUUGUGAAAACGGUUGUUCAACCGAACCAAUCAUCGGAAAUAUGGCGUACGAUUGAGAAAAUAUCGAAGCUUCCGUCCUACCACGAGCACUCCUUACUAGAUCGAGGAUUGUGUGUGGAUUCAUGUAUCCGGUUGGUGGACGGUUUAGGUCCAGAAACAGCAUCCUUCUUAGCCACUGACCCGAUAACGGUCAAUCCUUAUUAUCAACAGCGAUACGGUAAAGUGCUCAACAUCUGUGUAAACUAUCAUCUCCGCGAACGGUACAACCUGACCGGUUAUUCCGAACUGGAACGUUGCGUCACUGCAGAAACUUAUCGCCCAGCUCUCGAUGGGUACCACGUCGUCUUUCUGCUGAUCAUGUUGGUUCUAAUCACCGUGGUGAUCUACGCAACCUUCACCGACUGGUUGAACUCAUCGAAUUCUGCCCACAAACCCGAGGAUGUUAGACGAACCGGUAGCAUCUGGAUGGAGUUUUCCCUUCGCCGAAGCUGGUCCCAGCUGAUCGCCAAACCCCGGACCACCCUACAGCGAGAUUUCGCUUUCGUGGAACUCUUCCGCCUUUUGUCGGUGUUCCUCAUUAUUGCGCUCCACUCGAUGAUGCUUUUUGCGGCGGCACCAACGGCAAACAUACGGCCCAUGGAGGAGUUUUUCGACCAACCGUUGAUGCGCAUCGCGACAAGCAUCUUCCCGUUUCAGGUGCACACCUUCUUCACCAUCAGCGGCGUGAUGCUGGCGGUGUACUUUCUUGAUCAGGCGUCUUCGGCCAAGGCACGCAUCGGAUGGUCGUUCUACGGGAAGGCGAUCGUGGGGCGAUAUCUUCGGAUUUUUCCCGCACUCUUCAUCCUGUGGUUGUUCCAGGCGUCUUGGAUGGAUCGCUUGUCGGUAGGACCGGGCGAUUACAGAUUGGUCGAGCUGGAAAAGGACAACUGUCGGACGAAUGGGUGGUUGAACUUUUUGCUACUGAACAACUACUUCCGGUAUGGCAAUAUGUGCAUACAACAGUCAUGGCAUUUGGCUGCAGAUUUUCAAUUCUUUCUCAUCGGCGUCCCCUUUCUGCUGCUCAUCCAUCGCCAUCCGAGCCUUACGAAGCCUCUUAUAUUUGGAGCAGUAGCGUUUUCAAUCGGCGCACCCAUCGUGAAUCUCUACCGUUGGAAACUUCCCGGCGUCAUUCUUGUCAGCUUCAACUAUUUCUCUGGCAUAUUCGCCGGAAUGGCGUACCAUCGCUUCCGGAAUGGUGGCUUCACGGAGGCUCUCUCUGGUGGUAAAACCUUACGCAUCCUUCGGUGGUUUCCGCUGGCAAUGGUGCUUCUACAAGCUGCAGCUUCACCACUGUUCUACCACCUCGACUACAGUGAGCCCCUGCUGUGGAACGCCAUCUUCGGGGCGCUACAUCGAUGCUGCUGGGGCGCAAUGUGCGCCAUCGGUAUCCUGCACGGUGCUACGGUAUGGCGAGCCCGACAUGCCCGGAUCCAUUUCCAUCCGGUGCUGCUGGUACUAAGCCGACUCUCGUUCGGAGUAUUUAUGGUGCAGUUGAGUAUACUGCGAAGUCUAGGCCGCAAUGCGUCUGGGGAAGGAAUUGACUUCAGCUGGAAGAUUUGCCUUGUUACAAUUGCGUACGCCUGGGUCGGUUGUUAUGUUUCCGCACUGUUCCUUGCCUUGUUCGUGGAAUUGCCUUUCGCAGCUGCUAUCAAAAGAAUAUUCGGUAAGAACUCUAUCUAA